CUUAAUUUUGUUCUUACGAUCCGCUUUGUAAACCGGAUCAUUUGGUGGGUUUAUUGUCCAUCAAGUUGGUGCUCUUGUUGAGAGUUCGAGAAUCAUACUCAGAAGAAAUCCUCCAUGACGACGAUGGUGCAAACACGUAGCAACGCCAACGUAGGUACCGGAGUUCCCCAGCAGGGGGAGAACAGCGCCACCGGAGGCCGGCACCCCCCCAUCACCACCGAGGAGGCUGAGGCCCUCAUUCAGAGGGUUGGGAUCACGGCCGAACAAUUCAAGGAGGUUCUGGCCGCACUUGCGCCCAACCGCGAGGUUGUGGUAGGAGAUGUGGCUGGGGGACCCAAAGGCGAGAAGGCUGGACCUGCGGGCUCCCAAGGGAAAAAGAAGAAAGUGAGGCGGUCCCAGAAGAAGAAGGCGACCAAGCCUAAUGGGAAGGCUAUAAUGGCAGAUGCGCUUUCCAGGCUGGAAGAAGAGGACGAGUCGUCCUCCUUCGAGCGGAUGUCUGCUUUUGACCGUUUGGGAGAUCCCAAGUCGAAGAAACCUCGGACCUCUGCGUUUGAAAGGCUGCAGGACACUCGGUCGGCCCGAAAAGGCGACUUGAGAGACGCGCUCAAGGAGAAGAGAGGGGAAUCCACAGCGACCUCCAAGGUCGGGUCUGAGGAGCGACGGAUGGCAGUCGGGGAUAAGGGCGCAGCCGAGCUGUGGAAAAUGUACGAACAACUGGAGAAGCGGCUGGAUGCCCAGAACCCCUAUCGCCAGGCGGUCUUCAGUGAGGUAACGCCCUUCUCCAGAAGGAUAAUGUCCUGCCCCCUCCCAGAUAAUUUCAAGACUCCCCAGAUCAAGGCAUACAACGGGACGACCGAUCCCCAAGACCACCUCGCUCGCUUCGGGGCCAACGUGGUCAUGUACGCAUAUCCAGAAGAAAUCAAGUGUCGGUGUUUCCUGGCGACACUGGAAGGGCNCGAGGAAUGUCAACGGUCUUUUGAGGGGUUAAAAGCAUAUCUCCUCUCCCCACUAGUGCUUUCGAAGCCAGAGCCCGGAGAGACCUUGUUCCUAUACUUAGGAAUCUCUCCUCGAGCUGUGAGCUCGGUGCUUGUGAGGGAGGAGGAGGGCGCGCAGCGACCUGUGUACUAUGUGGCCCGAGUGCUGCGAGGGGCGGAGUUGAGAUAUACCAACAUGGAGAAGACCAUCUUUGCGGUAGUAUGUAUGGUGAAAAAGCUCACCCCAUAUUUUCAAGCCCAUCCAGUCCAUGUGUUAUCACAAAUUCCCAUCGGAACGCUUCUUCGAAGCCCAAAUGCCCCGUCACGGGUCAGCAAGUGGGGAGUGUUCCUGGGAUCCUUUCAAAUAGAGUUCAAGACGCGACCGGCGAUAAAGGGGCAAGCAUUAGCAGAUUUCGUGGUAGAAUGCACUGCGAGGGAGGUAGAAUCUAGUGGAGAAGAACCCGAGGGGAAUUGGUGGACCGUGUACACCGAUGGGUCGUCCGCGACUGAUGCUUCGGGGGGAGGUGUCGUGGCAAUAUCCCCGUAAGGGUUCAAGGCAUACUACUCCGUGAGAUUCCGGUUUAAAGUCUCAAACAAUGAGGCUGAAUAUGAGGCACCACUUUGCGGCUUGAGAUUGGCAGCCUCAUUAAAAGCUGAGUGAAUCCAAGUCCGGUGCGAUUCCAAGCUAGUGGUAGGCCACUUCACUGGAGAAUUUGAGGCCAAGGAUGAACGAAUGAAGAAAUAUAGAGACACUGUCCUC